AGGGGAAGGGGAAGAAGUGGUAUUUUGGACACAACAAAGGGAGGUAGGACGAUACAUGACAGGCCUCUGGAAGACACAGCUAAGUCCUUGGAGACUCCAAGAAACAGUUGUACUCAGGAGAAGACGAAUGGGGAGGUGCUGGUGGGGGGAGUGCUGUGGUGGCACAAAGACUGCGGUGACAUCACUGAGCAACAGGCUGUGAUGCCACUGAGUUUUGGGCGCUGGCAGGGCCUGGCCCGGUCACUCUCGUGCCUGGACUCCUGCCGAGCGAGUGUGUGCGGCUUGGAGGUGGAGCGAGAAUUUUGCUUGUGUGUUGGGCUGUGCUUUGGGGACUGCUGGCAGCUGCUCUCAGUGCCCAUCCCUACAGCCAUCACUUGUGUUCCCCUGGAACAUAGCCAGGGCCCCACGGGGUGCACGUGCAGCAGCACAGUGCACAACUUUCACUGCUGAGGCACGGUGAGGGAGAGCGAUUCAUCUUCACUCCCCAUCAGGCCACGGCGUGAAGACCAUGGCAGCAGAGGAGGCGUGGACGUGUCCCAUCUGCCGUGACGUGCGAAAGGAUGUUGCCUACGCAGUACCGUGCCGUCACAAAUUCUGCCUCGGCUGCAUCCUGCGGUGGGCCAAGCAGAAGGAGACCUGCCCGCUCUGCAGGAGAAUAAUGACAGUCGUUAAGGUUGCUGAGUGGGACGAGGACAAUGAACUGGAUUUCAUCAUCUGUCCCCCAGCACCACCAGUUCCUGCCUGCUUCCAGGCAGGCACUGCUCGUAUGUACAGCACCCAGAGCCAUGCACCGUCUCCUCCACCCUUUCUGCUCCUCCCAGAGGAGCAGGAGGCUGUGGAGGCAGAGGAGAGGCCUAUUGUGGGCGGUCUCCUGAUGGAGGUCUGGGCAGCCCUGUUCAGGCAGCACCAAGAGAUGCUUGACCCUGUGCUGCCGUGGCUGCGCCAGGAGCUACGUAACAUCUUUGGGACACAGUGGCGGGAGGCAAUGACAACGGAGAGCUUCAUCCUGAACGCCCUGUGUCACAUUGGGCUGGACAGCGAGGCCCUGAUCCAGCUGCUGCGGCCUGCCCUGGGGGACAGAGCAGAGACGCUCAUCCAGGGCCUUGUGGAUGCCAUUGUGAGCCAGUGGGGCGAGGAGGCCCACGGGCAGCGGGGCCUCCAGGGCGUCCACAUGUCCAGAGGGCAGCAGGAGGGCCCAGCAGCCAGGGGGCAGGACAGCUCUAUGGCCACCCCUGGUUCUACAGCAUCCCCACAAGGGGCUGUUACGUCAAUGCUGGGAUCCAACAGCAACACUGAAAGUGCCAAUAGAGUGGAGCAGCCCAGCACACCAGAGGCUGUCAUCCAUGGGGAUCUCAGUCACACCCCAGCUGCACACAUCCCCAUGGAACGGGAGGAGCCCCAUGAGGAGACAGAGCAGGCGGCAGCAUCAGGCUCCUCUGCCCAGGGCAGCAGCCCCACCGCUCCUGGACACUUGCCUGCGGGGGCCCGGCGGCCCCGUAAGAGGAGGGCUGGCAGUGACCCAGACCCACAGCAGCCCUGCAAGAAGCCACCCCCUCGCAAGCAGUAGCAGGGAUUGCACUUCUCUCUAAUUAAAAUUUAUUAAAAAGAGAAGAAAAAAACUAAUGUCAUUGAGUAUAUUGCAACUGGCAAUGUAUUUUACAAUACUGAUAUCGAUGUAUUUGAAUAUGUUUUAGGUACUAUAUGAAGAAAAUAAACUCUUGA